AUACGGGUCGGGUUGAACCAGGUCGGGUUUGAAAACCCGUCUAAUUUAUCAAUGGAAAAACAUCGAAACAGAGCAAUUUUCAAUGGAGCAAAACCCUAAAACCCAGAGGACAUGGAGAUACACAUGGGAAGCUCAAUCUCAUUCUCCUAAUCUUCGUCUCUUUCUUUUCGAUUCCACAACAAACCCUAAGAUCCACUGCAAAAUCCUCAAUGUCUCAAUCAUCCUCGAAAAAUCUCAACUUCUCGUCACAUGGAUCAAUGAAGAAGCCACACGCAAAGAAGAGAUUGUUUCUCUUCAUGUUCCGAUUCCUAAGGUUUUACUUGAUACUGAAUCUCAUGUAAAUUUCAAAGCUUUAGAGGAUCACAUCGAGGUAAGACUUGUUCUGUUACUCCCUGUUGAUCAUCCUCUAGUCUCAGACUUCAAUUUAGUGACUGAUUCUAGAGAAAAGUCGAAGCCUUUAGUGAUGGGUUAUGAUCUAAAGACUCUAUCUUUAAUGGGAGGAGUUCACUUUUACUGUAGAAAUUGCUCAAAUAGGUUAACAAAGAAGGAACUUUUCGAUUUCUCUGAAAUGCCGUCUAUUAAUUGGAGAGAAUCUGCUGAUAAUUGGUUUGGUACUUGUUGUUGUUCAUUUGGUGGAAUUAGUGAGAAGAUGGUAGUUAAGUACACGAAUUCGUAUACUUGCUCUAGUGGGUUGUGUUUACUUAGUGCUACUACUGUUUUGCUUAGCAAGGAUGAUCUUGUAGAGUGUAGCUUUUCUGAUAAAGGUGGAAUUGUAGACGAAUUUGAUUCGAGUUUAGCUCUGAGUUGUGAUCUUGGUGUAGUUGAACCGGGUUCUAGAAGUAGUGAAGGAAAUGCUGAGAGUCAUGAGAAUGGAAGUGAGAGUGUUUGUGGUCAAGCGGAUGACUCGAUUUUGCGUUGUAUAGGUAAUGAAUCACUACCUGGAUGUUGUGUACAUGACUUGCCUGACUCUAAUGAGAGUUUUCAGUUGGAGCAGAAACUUACACUUGAUAAGAAGUUUCUUCUUGAUGGGUUUCUUGAGGAUGUUUUUAUGGCGAAAGCAUCGAAUGUGUCGAAGAAUGUCGACUGGAUUGAAUUUGCUUGCCCAAAGUGUUACUCUCCUCUUGGAGCUUAUCCUUCUGGUGGUGGAAGCAAGGAUAAACCCAUAGAUGGUGGAGUUAGACUCUUCAAAUGUUAUAUUUCUACAUCAUCGGUGACGGGUGAAUCCUUAAAUGUUUUCAGGAAAUACACAUUGGAAAGAAUGUUUACCAAUCAGCUAGUGGAAUGCGCCAAAGAAGAGUUAUCAUUUCAUGUGUUGGUCAAAGAUCUGACAACCAAAUCCCCUCUGUUCAAUAUCGUUAUCCUGAAUCCAAACUCUUGGUCCUCGACUGGUCUUUGCUCGAGCCGAGAUGAACCAGAUUCCACAUUAGAGUUAAGCGCUAUUGUGAAGGUUCUGUUUUCAGAUUGCAACAGCUCGGUAGCAAAGAAGAUUGAUGAAGAAGUUUACAUUUUGAAGGGACAAGGAGAGGAGUUGAUAGAGUUAAUAAAAUAUGCGAGCAAAUGUCUUCCAUCUUCGUAUACAUAUCUUCAGGGCUCACUUGUCUCAUCAAUGCAUCGAUGAUAAUGAAUCUUUCUUCACUUUUUCAAGUUUUUUCUGGUUCAGUUUUGACUUGUUUAGUAACAACAUUUGGUUUUGGUUUAGUUUUGGUUAUUGACUUUGUUUCUAACUUUUGUACGCUUUUUUGCCUGUUUUCAAUUGAAUGAAAGGAAUAUUUCUUCCACA